AUGCAGAAUAUUCCUCACGAUUCCAGCGUUCAACACAUCGCUGAUGCCUUCCACACUGAGAAUAUUCAUUACAUUGAUCUUGAAAAUUUACCGCCAGACACACCUACUGUGAAAUUGGGUAGUGACUACUGCUGUGACGAAAAUGGAGCCAUAACACUCCCCAAUUUCAUCGUGGCUCCCAUGAUGGCUUUGAGUAUGAGAUGUAAACCGUGUUCUACAUACGAGGGGGACAUCUUUAUUGAUAGGCUCGAUCUCAACUUAAGGACUGGUCCAACAUUAGAGAAUCCCAAAUGCAAAGUAUGUAGUUUGGUGAAGUGGCUCCUAACUGAACGCGAUCCGUAUGAGAGCACUGUGGUGGCCUUAUAUCCGGAGGACCCGCUGAUACUUUUUGAGGUUAUGCGAGAAAUAUGGAGUCGUUUCACCACCAAAGUCUUACCCUUUUCCGAGCAACACGUCAAAUACAGUACAAGAAUCUCCUACCUCUCACUUCCAGUGGGCUAUUUUUACAAAUCCCCUUUGAACAUUGAUGAGCCAGCAGAACUAAUGGAAUGGCCUGCUCUUAUGGACGCUUCAGCAGAAUGGACAAAUGGUUUUAUGUAUUUCCUUCGUAAGGAUAUUGGUGAACGCGGAAUACUCAGUCACGUGGCAUGCUUCAUCUUCUGCAAUCUAAUCCGGAUUAUGCGUCAUCACAUCUCAAAAAUUCUACGUCCAGAGGUCAAAGAACUGCAACCUCAAUUCCACAUACUGUACGCCAUUAAUGACAGGCCAUUUCUGGUGCAUCAAUUGGUAGCGAAAAUGGCAAAAGCUAUCUUCCUCUUGCUCACAGAAUUUGACCCUAAUUGGAUUCGGUCAUAUCACGUGGUAGACAUGUCACGGCCCAAAGAGAAGUCCUUCUGGUAUCGCUUUUGCUUGAGCAUAAUGGUGGAGAACAUUUUUGCAAUGAACAUGACCAAGGCAUUUUAUGACGGCAUGCAAGCUGAACAGUUGUACCUGCACUACAGUGUUUGUGAAACAAACCCAAGUGAAUGUCCGUGUCGCUUUGCUCGAUAUUUGGAAUCUUCCAGUUAG